UCAUUCCAGCCUAAUUUGAUUUCGCUGUCGUUAAAUGCAAAUCAUACAAAUUAUACCAGUCGCAUUUGCCUUCUUCACUUGCUCCAACCAUUCAUUUCCCAACUUUAUUAUUGCUCUACAAGUUCAAUUAUUUAUUUGAUAUUCAUAAAGGGGAAUUACACGUAAACAAAAUCAUUAAUUAACAAAUUGUCAAGUCCCCUUUAUAUACAGGUGAUUUUGAACUAGUUAAUUUAUAGUGCAAAGCCAUGGAUGAAGGCAGCAUUCAAGAAAGGCUCCUAAGUUCCAAGGGCAUGGACGAACACAACUUGAGACGAAGAAUUAGUAUGGAGUCGAAGAAGAUAUGGAGGAUCGCAACGCCUGGUGUGAUCUCACGAGUGAGCUCGUUCGGGACCAUCGUGGUGACGCAGUCGUUCAUUGGCCACAUCAGUGCGGUGGAUCUCGCCGGUUACGCCCUCGUCCAAACCCUCAGCGUCCGCUUCGUCAACGGAAUACUGGUAAACGCAUUCACUUCCAAUAGGAACAAACAAUUUAAAACUAACUUAAUUUGUGCAUCGCAGAUUGGAAUGUCGAGCGCGACAGAGACUCUGUGCGGGCAGGCGUACGGGGCGAAGCAGUAUCACAUGAUGGGGAUCUACCUGCAGCGAUCAUGGAUCAUUGAUCUCAUCACGCUGCUCAUUCUGCUUCCGGUCUUCAUCUUCGGCACUCAGAUCUUCAGGCUCCUCGGGCAGGCUGAGGGCAUCGCGGAGUCGGCGGGAUACAUCUCUGUGUGGUUCAUCCCGUUCGUGGUUAGCCUCAUCUUCAGCCUCACCGUGCAGAUGUACCUGCAGGCGCAGCAGAAGAACUUGAUCAUCGCCUGGCUCUCGGCUCUCCAGUUCGCCAUCCACAUUUUCUGUUCCUGGCUUUUUGUCUACGUUCUCGACCUCGGAUUAGCUGGUGCCAUGGCUGCGCUCUGCAUAUCUUCGUGGUUUCUGGUUGGGGGAGAGUUCGUCUACAUCUUUGGCGGCUGGUGCCCCGAUACGUGGAAGGGCUUCUCCAUUGCUGCGACCAAGGAUUUAUGGCCGGUUGUCAAGCUCUCUGUAUCAUCUGGUUUGAUGAUCUGUCUUGAGCUAUGGUACUACGCGAUUCUCGUGCUGCUAGCUGGCUACACCAAGGAUGCACAAGUCUCCAUAUCUGCCUUCUCCAUCUGCCUCAACAUCAAUGCUUGGAUUGUGAUGAUCAUCCUUGGCCUCAUGGGCGCUGCAUGCGUUCGCGUUGCAAAUGAGCUAGGCAGCGGAGAUGCCAAAGCUGUGAGGUUCUCAAUCAAAGUGAUCAUGGGCACCUCAGUCACAAUGGGGAUCUUCUUCUGGAUCUUCUGCUUGGCUUUCGGCAACAAAAUCGGCUACUUGUUCACCAACGAGGAGGAGGUCGCGGAGACCAUCUCCCGUCUCUCAGUUCUGCUAGCCUUCACCGUGCUGCUUGGCAGCAUCUUCCCGGUGCUCUCGGGUGUGGCUGUGGGAUCAGGGCUACAAUCUAAGGUGGCUCUGAUCAAUCUCAUUUGCUUCUACGGCAUUGGGUUGCCGGUUGGAAUUGCUCUUGGAUAUUGGUUUAAUCUUGGUGUGGAGGGCAUAUGGGUUGGGCUGACGGGCGGAGUUCUGACUCAGACAUUUUCGUUGAGCACCUUGAUAUGGAGAACAGACUGGGAUCAAGAGGUAUCGAAAACUUCGGCACGUCUCAACCAAUGGUAUCUGGAAUCACCAGAAAACGAUAAGCACGUUUCUGGUGUUGCUUGACAAGAAAAGAUCGCUAGCUAGCUAGGUUAUAACUUAUGUUAAGCCAGUGUACUUCAAUAAUUAUGUGUAUCUAUUCUUUUGACCAGUUUGUUUGAGAGAAGCAAUCGUAUUUAUUAUUUUGAAUAA